UUAUGGUCAAUUUUUGAAUGGAUAGAUUAUGAUGAAUAUGGUUAAAUUUAGGAUGCAAUCCACUUUGAUAAUGUAAGUAUAUAUUUAAGUUAUAUACUCCAUCCAUUUCAUAUUAAAAGAUGAUUUGACUAUUUCCCCAAUUAAACUUCUUUAAGUUUGAUCAAAUAUAUAGAAAAAAAUAGCAACAUAUACAACUCCAAAUUAGCUUCAUUUAAUCUAGCAUUGAAUAUAUUUUGAUGGUAUGUUUUUUUUUGUUAAAAAUAUUGCCAUGUUUUUCUAUAAAUUGGAUCAAAUUUAAUAAGUUUGAUUAAGAAGACAAAAUCAAAGCAUAAAUAUGAAACGAUAUUUAGAAAAUAAGAAUGAACAAAUUUUAAAUACGAAAGUAUCUAGUGAUGUUUAUUUGGACUUUGCAAACAGAUGAAGCAGUACCGGUUUGUGGCAUGCAUUAUGAUUGUUUCCUCCUGGGCGUCCUUAUCUUAGAAAGAAAUUAAACCAUUAAUUUUGGUCUCAUCCUGUUACAUUACACGCUCUGGCUUAUUCUUGGUUGCAGACAAGCUAUAGCUCUGCGCCCAUCGGUCAUUGCCCGUGGAGCCUAUACUAUAUCGCGACAUUCCGCACUCUCGGCCGUGCACAAGGUGUCGAUGGCGUCGGCGCGGCCGUACCGGUUCCCCGUUCCGGCGGAGGGCGGCGAGCCGACGCGACGCCGCUCCGCCGCCCAGUCGUGCGGGACGUGCGGCGCGUCGGCGGUGGCGAGCUGCGUGGCGCUGUGCUGCUGCCCGUGCGCCGUGGUGGGCUGCCUCACGCUGGCCCUCGUCAAGGCGCCGUACGCGGCGGGCCGGCGGUGCGUGGCCAGGCUCGCCGCCGGCAAGCGGCGGCGGAUGAUCAGGCCAGGCGUCGCGACGACGCCGCGGAAGACGAACCGCGUCUGGGACCUGGACGACGGCCAGCUGCAGGAGUGGCGCCCCGCCGGCGCCGACGGCGCGGUGCGGGCAGAGCGCAAGCAGGAUCGGCGCGAGCCUGGCCGCACCGGUGGUGCAGCCUCGGCAGCGCCGCCGGGCGAUGCCAGCGUCGACGCGAUCAGUGCCGUCGGCGAGGGCAGCGGCAGGGCGAGGCCGCGGGUGGACACGGCGGAGAAGACGUGGGUGGAGAUCUACCAGCUCGGGCACUGGGGGUUCGGCCGGCUGUCCUUCUCACAGCCCCAGGUGAUCAGAGGUGACACCUGCGGCAACGACGGCGUCGCUGCUUCCCGGCAGUGAUCCGGCCAUGGCAGUGUUCAUUGGUCUGCAUUUGCCAAGAUUGAGAGCGAGUUGACUUUGCGGGUUUGUGGCACACGACUCGGUUCACCAGACGGCUGACGUGUGCGCACGUAUUUGUGCAUGCAUAUGGUUCGUCCAAUGUGCGGCCAAGCAAGGCCAGGUGUAAAUUUGAACAUUUUUGUUUUUGAUUUUUAGGCCUCAAUUUUGGUAUCCGAGAUAUCCGAACUGUGGAGGCGAUCGCUCUUGCAUUGUUGAUGAUGUUCUUUCUUUUUUAUAUACUAGCAAAAAUGCCCGUGCGUUGCAACGGGUGAAGACUAUUUUAAUCUUAUUAUUGUUAUAUGGUUUAGUUAAGAUGAAAUUCACUGUAUUAAAUUC